AUGCUUGACAAACAGAACAACUCGCAACCCUCUACCCCAACCACGGAAACUCCGUCCAAGAUCCUCUUCGGUGCCGAAAAGGAACAGCAAAUCAUGAACGAGAUCAGAGCUUCUAAGCCUGGUUACCGUGAGGUUUUUGAAUCCAGUGUUGGAGGAGGUUACUUCAACCUAGCUUUCAAGAAGAGCUCUUAG